AUAAAAAAGUAAAAAUUAUAAAAAAGUUAAUACCUGUAUGAUGAAAUUAUAUUACGAAACAAUUCUUUUAAAGAUCUAAAAUAACCGUGAUUUUCUUAACGUAAAGUCGUAAAUGAUAAUAUAUGGUCAAGGAAGAUUAAUAAAUAGGUUACAAAACAAAAAAUUAUCAAGUGAGUAGACACACAACAUUUGUGUAGUGUACGUAUUCCCUCAAUCAAUGUCAUCCCACAAAAGCAACCGCCUGGUCAACUCUAGUCAAAAGUACAAAACCCACUCUCUCUUUUUUCCAGUUCCCUCUCUCUCAAUUUCCUAACAAUAUUUGUUUUUUUAAACAAGAAAAAAAAAUCCCACAAACUAAUUUCUCUUUUCAAACACGAAACUAUUCUCCAUAAUUUCACAUUUUCUGUUUUUUCUUAAUUUUUCUCUGUAUUUUUUGCCCUUUAUUUCCUCACUUUCCCCUGUAUUUCUCCCCUGCUUUUUUUUUUCAAUGGAGGCAGAAACAAAACCCCAGAUAAAAACUAACCCAGAAUUAAAUUCUGAAACCAAAAUUAAUUCAUCUGAUUCAAAUUCUGUAACUUUAUCUUCAUCUUCUUCAAAAAAUAAAUCCAAUUAUCCUAGUUUUUCUAAGCUUUUAGAAGGGGUUGUUAUGGCGGCUAAUUCUGCCAUUUCUUCUGACCCUCCAGUCAAAACCACUGACUUUCAGGGACAAUAUGGGAUGUCUCAUCAAGAAGCCUUGGCAAAUAUUACUGCUAAAGCAGCUCAAGCUCAUCCUGAGGUGCAACUUCAAGCUGCUGAUACAAAGCCUUUGAUCAAAUCUUUUCCAAAGGAUAAAGUUGAAGAGCCUGAGAUAAAGAUAAUGAACUCCUCCUGCAAUGCAGAUAAUUCUCCAGAUGAAACUCCAAAGACACCUAUAUCAGAUGGUUAUAGCUGGAGGAAGUAUGGCCAGAAGCAGGUGAAAAGUUCUGGAAGUUCUAGAAGCUAUUACCGAUGCACUGAUCUAUCUUGCUGUGCCAAAAAGAAGGUUCAGCAUUUGGACGUAUCUGGAAAAAUAAUUGAUGUUGUUUAUAAAGGUGAACAUAAUCAUAAACCUCCUCAAAAUCUUAAGGGUUCCAGCCGUAAGAAGGAUUAUGCACCUCUUGCUUUGAACAAAUAUAGUAUACAAAGUCUCGAUUCUCCUAAUUCGCUUGCAUGUGAGCAAGAACUUAAACAAUUAGUACCUUCGAGUCAUGAAUGUCUGGAUAGCAACCUGAAAUGUGCAGCUGAAACACCAUCAAGAGAUGCUGAGGAGAAGCACAUUGAGACAGUUGAUAUUACCCCAAGACCUAAGUGUGAACUUGCAAUAGUGCCAGUAGUAGAAGAUCAUAGUGGAUUGAGAUCUGAAACUCCUAGUGAACAUGUUAUGAUUGAUCCCAUGAAAGUGCUUGAUGUUGCCCCAUUGAAGAAACGAAGGAUUAAAGAAAGGAGUAAGGCAUGCUCAGAACCAGUAUACCGGACUUUCAAGGAUCCUAAAAUUGUAACGCAUGAGGCUGAGGGUGGUGGAAUGCUUAAUGAUGGGUACCGGUGGCGCAAGUAUGGGCAAAAGAUGGUUAAAGGAAAUCCAAAUCCUAGGAGCUAUUAUAGGUGCUCAUCUGCUGGCUGUCCUGUCCGCAAGCAUGUUGAGAGGGCUACUGACAACUCAACAGCAAUCGUAGUAACUUAUGAAGGCCAACAUGACCAUGAUGUUCCUAUUCCCAAGAGGCAAUAUUAUGUUGCCUCAGCUAAUGCUAUGGCUUCUGGUGCAAACAUGCUGUUACAUAAAACAGAAAUCAAACCUCAAUCUCGUGGAUCAUCUGAAGAGCGAUUAGACAAAACAGAAAUUAAAUCUCAAUCCCAAGGAUCCUCUGAAGAGCAGUUGGACAAAACAGACAUUAAAUCUCAACCCCCUGGAGCUGUUGAAGAGCGGCCCAAAGAUAUGGAUAGUGACCUUGGAGAAGAGAAGGCUUCGGAAGCUGGUGCAGAUAAAGUAUUAGAGUCUGCUCGAACGCUGCUGAGCAUUGGAAUUGAACUUAAAUCAUGCUGAGAAUUGUUAGUGCAAACUGCGAAGAUUGGCUGCUGCGAAAAUUCUGACAUUGUUAACAUUGUUGUAUAUAGUUUGGUUCAUUUACAAGUUGUAACUUCUGUAUUGGACUAUCUAUACAUCUGGUAUUGAGUUACGAAUUCGAUAGUAUUGUUACAAUGUUUGAA